CAUCAAUCAUUAGGAUAUACUGGUUAAAAUGGACAUGUCAGGAAUGAACCAGGUAGUAGCAACAUGCUGGACCUGCCUCCUGCUAUCUGCUUUCCUGUGUGAGCCGGUGCUAUCCAAGGGCGGUCGUGGAGGGUCCCGGGGCUCCUCUCGAGGCUCCCACUCCCGCAGCUCCACAGCAGGGAGUUACCGGGGAGGAGGCGCCUAUGGUGGGACUCGCUCUCGCGUCAGGGUGGCAGGGCGAUCGUCCGCAGUGAGGGUGGCAAGUGCAGCAGCAGCAGGGGCAGCAGUAGCAGUGGCGUUAACAGCGGAUAAAUGGUACGCCUCUGCCUACCGCCGCAGCAAAGCCGACAACUCGGAAGAAGAGCUGGAUUACUACAACAGGACCAAUUACUUUGAUGCACAAAUUUCAGGCUCAACUCAAAAUGGAUCAUCUCUCUCCCAACUGGUUUCUAUCAUUAUUGCAACAUUUUCCCCAAAAUAUGGACUUUUACUGGACAGUAUACUGUAGAUACAGCUUAUUUCUUUUUUAGGAUAAGUUCCUGAUUCAGUCUAAGACUGAGCUUCUGCCCUGGAUCUGAAUAUAAUGUGCAGGACUGGCUGGAACCUGCAGUGGGAAGACAAGUUAGAGGUGCAACACAGUGGUGGAAGGACACAGAAAUUACAAAAAAACAUCACUGUACUGUAUGUUUUUAGACAUAUAAUCAUCUAUACCAACGGAUAAAUACACAUUAUCAACACAGUAUUCAUUGUGAUAUUUCACCUCACCUUUGUCAAAUCUGUCAGUGUGUGUGACAGAAACUGAGGUCGAACACAACAAUAAUUAGCUUCCUUCCCUAAAGCUUGAUUCCUAGAUUUAACUGUGAAAAUGUUUUAUCAUAAAAAUCAAUAACCUUCAUAAAGUGUUAUCAAAUUGCAGACUGCCAAUUUUAAUAGUACUGUCAAACUUAAUUGUAUCUUGAAAAUCGAAUAAUAUGCACAAAAAGUGCAAAGUGAAUGACCAGCAUCAAUGUUCUGUACAACUGAGGUAAAUCAUUUGUUAGCAGACUUGGGUCUAAAUAUAAAGCCUGAACCUGCAGGAGUUUAUGUAGAACACUGAAGUCAUUCCAUACAGUUUCUAAAGAGUCAAAGCAUCAAGUUGGCACCAGCAUUAGACUGUCCCUGAAAUUAAACUGCCACAUAUAAUUUUUUUAAUAUUCUUACAUUUGACUUUUUAACCUCAACCAACAUGCUUUUUGUUACUCCAUUCUUUCUGCAAAACUUAAUUUCAAGAUUGAAUUCAAAGAUCUAUUUAUGGAGCUAGUCAAGUCAAUUAUAUUUAUAUAGCCCAAUAUCACAAAUUGCAAAUUUGCCACAGGACAUAGGACAGCCUGUCCUUUUCGAACAUAGUCAUACAGCAGUCACUAGUGUUGCCAUAAAGAUGAUUAUCUACAAUAAGACAAGGCAAAUGACAAUAUUGUGUGUUGGGAGAGCUAAACUGUUUUUCCACAAUCAUCCUGAAUUUCUGUGCAAUUCAUACCCUUUUAUAACACCUGAAAUUUAGCUAUUUCAUUUCUCAGACCUGUGUACGAACUACAUCAUGGCUGAGAGGGACACUAGAAAACAAACUGCUCCUCUCACUGUUAUUUAUGUCUCUGAUGGUCUGUCUAUCAUCCCACAAAAGCUUUUUACCUGCAGUAGACACUCAGGAGUAUCAGACUGUUCCAUAUGAAUAAGUGCACUCUAUUAUAUGAUACAACACUUAUGUACAUAAUAAAUGAAGAGGUUAACACUGUCUUUAUGCUAAUAAAUA